AUGUACAACCUUAUAGUAGCUCGCAUCUCCAAGAAGAAUUUCGAAGCCGUCAACAGCAAAGACUACGAUGCUAUUCUCAUGCAAUGCGACCCAGAGAUCCACCAUCGCUUUGGUGGGCAGCACGCCCUAGGAGGGGAGAGACAUUCCCGAGAAGUUCUGUCCAGGUGGUUUCAACGCCUUGGUCGGCUUGCGCCAGAGCUCAAAUUGACUGUCAAAGACAUCUGGGUCAAGGGCUGGCCCAACGACACCACUGUCAUCAUACGAUGGACCGCAACUGAUCAAGAUAACCCAGAUGGAUCGCCAUAUCGCAACCACGGCGUCCAUAUCAUUCGGAUGAAGUGGUUCAAGGUCGUUGAUAUCGAUGCAAAUGAGGACUCGGAGGCGGUAGCACGGUCUAUGGAUAUCAAGAAGAACGCCGGAUGGGAGGAGGCUGGGUUACCGCCACUAACAUCAUGA